AUGGAAAAUAUUGAAGUUCCUGAGUAUUUCAUUUGUCCAAUUUCUCUCCAAAUCAUGAAAGAUCCUGUUACAGCCAUUACAGGAAUCACCUAUGAUCGCGAAAGCAUCGAACGUUGGCUUUUCAAGAACCCUAAUAAUAACGUCAUUUGUCCGGUCACGAAGGUACCCGUGCCACGAGACUCUGACCUAACACCAAAUCAUACUCUCCGCCGUCUGAUUCAAGCAUGGUGCAUAGCAAAUGGAUCCAAUGGUGUUGAUCGGAUCUUGACUCCGAAGCCUCCAUUAAGCAAAUUCUACGUCCUCAACCUCGUGCUUGACCUAUCGGUCACGAGCACCAAGGUUAAGACAUUAGAGAAGUUGGAGUUAUUGGCUAAGGAGAAUGAGAGAAACAAGACAUACAUGGUUGAAGCUGGAGUUCAUAAAGCCCUAAUUAAGUUCUUGAUCAAAUGUUACAAGAAAUGUGACACAAAUGGUCUUGAAAAAACCCUUAGUACACUUUCCUUGAUUUGGGAUUUACCAUCUUGUAAUGAAACUAAGGUCGAAAAUUACGAAGAGGUAUUAAUAGAUUCAAUAACGUGGGCGUUAGGUCUUGAUCAUCGCGACAUGCAGAAGCAUGCAGUGAUUAAGAACCACGCUAUGAACUUGUUGAGAUCUAUCAUUGGAAAGGUGAAUUCGAGCACAUUGGAGAGACUAAAACCCCAACUAUUCGAAAAAAUAAUUGGGUUUUUACGUGAUAGUAGUGAUAGUACUAUUACCAUCGCGCAAAAAGGGGUUAAUGCUGCUUUGCAUGUCAUGCUAGAUACGAGUACUUCUCGCAGAAAUCGUAACAUGAUGAUUGAAUCAAGGACAAUUUUCGAGCUCAUUGAGCUCGAACUCAAAUUAUUUUUAUCAAAUAAAAAGACCAUAGAGCUCAUUUUUGGAAUAUUAUUCAAUUUAUGUUCAUGUGCUGAUGGGAGAGCACAACUUUUAAGUCAUGCUGCUGGAAUUGCUAUGAUUACAAAGAGGAUUUUGAAAGUGUCUCCCGCUAUAGAUGAAAAAGGCAUGUUGAUUCUUUGUUUGAUUUCAAAAUAUUCAGCAACAAGUGGAGUUCUUCAAGAGAUGUUGAAAGUCAAAACUGUGUCAAAGAUUUGCACUGUGAUUCAAGCUGAUUGUCCUUCAUUUUUGAAGGAUAAAGCAAUGGAAAUACUAAGAAGUCAUUUUGAUGUCUGGAGGAAUUCACCUUGUGUUGAACUCGCUACCUUAACAAGGUAUCCUUAA